AUGGCCCUGCCCCAUGCGCCGUCCGAAGGCACCCUCCCCCCCAAGGACCCCAGACCCUCAGAGGGCACCGCAGGGCCCAGCCGCACCCUGGACAGCCCAGAGGUCAGCCGGCGGCAUGCACUUCUCCAGGAGCUGGAGGCCCAGGUGCAGGCGGCCUACGGGCAGGACCGGGAGCUGCGGCCGGAGGAGAUUGAAGAGCUGCAGGUCGCCUUCCAAGAGUUCGACCGAGACCGGGAUGGCUACAUCGGCUACCGGGAGCUGGGCGCCUGCAUGCGGACGCUGGGCUACAUGCCCACAGAGAUGGAGCUGAUUGAGAUCUCCCAGCACAUCAGUGGCGGGAAGGUGGACUUUGAGGACUUCGUGGAACUGAUGGGCCCCAAGCUGCUAGCAGAGACAGCGGACAUGAUAGGAGUCAGGGAGCUUCGGGACGCCUUCCGGGAGUUUGACACUGACAGGGAUGGCCGAAUCAGCCUGGGUGAGCUCCGUGCGGCACUCAAGGUCCUGCUGGGAGAGCGACUCAGCCAGCGGGAGGUGGACGAGAUCCUGCAGGACAUGGACCUCAAUGGGGACGGCCUGGUGGACUUCGAAGAGUUUGUACGAAUGAUGUCUUGUUGA